GGAACAGCCCAUAUUUGUUGCUCUCUCUCACUCUCUCAUCGCAAAUAUUUCAUAUUUGGCACAGAGACUGGAAAGCUCAGAGAAGAACAUUCUAUUCUGGUCUCCAUCAGUAGCGGUUGGGGUUGUCACCACGCAGGAUCUUUUCCUCCGGCCAAAUUUCCUUCUCCCUUUUUCCCGCCCGAAACUUUUCCAGCAAUCUAGCUCUCCACUUAGAGAUAAUGAGAGGGGAGAGAGAGAGAAUGUGUGUGAUUUUCAGAUGAUGGAUUAUAAAGCCGUCUAUGUGUGCGCGUGUGCUUGCUCUCGCUUGCUUCUCUCUGUUAUUUAAGCUUACCUGUUCUCCAUUCUUCCAUUCUUCAGUCUUGCCUUCUCUUUUACUUUCUUUCCAUUUUUGUCUCCCCUCCAUCCCCACAAAAGCACCUACAUUCUUUCUCGGGAUCUGAUCCCUCAACCAUAGCCCGACAACCUUAACACUUCAACUACAAGUACAGAGGUUUUUUUCCUGGGGUUCAGGGUUCAACUCCCGAGGAUAACUUGUCUUCCUUCUUUCUUUUCCUUGUUUUCCUCUUGUCUGGUUUUCAGUUAUACAUAUAGUACUAUCCUUUAAAGUUGGAAGAAAUUUGGAAGGAUAAAGCCAUCGUACGUAGAGUUUCCAUCGUUUGCUGAUUGAAGAAACCAGGUUGAGUUGACGGACUCAGAUCUUUUGAAGAGGCUCUUAAGUUGGCACAAGAAAAUCCAACUCACGCUAAAACUUUUGAUCUAUUCCGGUUCCUUGCAGGGAAAACAUGAAUACUUUUUCCCAUGUUCCUCCAGGUUUCCGGUUCCAUCCAACAGAUGAAGAGCUAGUUGAUUACUAUCUUAGAAAAAAGGUUGCUUCAAGAAAGAUUGACCUAGAUGUCAUCAAAGAAAUUGAUCUCUACAAGAUAGAACCAUGGGACCUUCAAGAAAAAUGUAAGAUAGGAAAUGAAGAACAGAACGAGUGGUAUUUUUUUAGCCAUAAAGAUAAGAAGUACCCAACUGGAACUCGCACUAAUAGAGCCACAACAGCAGGGUUUUGGAAAGCAACAGGAAGAGACAAGGCUAUUUACUCUAAGCAUAAUUUGAUUGGAAUGAGAAAGACCUUAGUCUUUUAUAAAGGUCGAGCUCCAAAUGGACAAAAGUCCGAUUGGAUUAUGCAUGAGUAUCGGCUUGAAACAAAUGAAAACGGUACACCUCAGGAAGAGGGCUGGGUUGUCUGUAGGGUGUUCAAGAAGCGAAUAACAACAAUAAGGAAAGUAAGUGACGAGUCGUCUUGUUGGUACGACGAGCAAGUCUCAUUCAUGCCGGAUCUGGAUUCCCCAAAGCGAAUUGUUCAGCCUGCAGAUAUGGCAUACCACCACCCCUAUGCAUGCAAGCAGGAGCUUGGGUUGCAGUAUCACAUGCCUCAUGAAGCUUUCCUUCAGCUCCCUCAAUUAGAGAGCCCCAAACUUCCACACUCGGCAGCCAGUGUAAGUUGCAACUCCGUCAUUGCAUAUGGACUCGACAUUAAUAACCCUGGGAGCACUCUGCAAUCUUCCCUAACGCAAGAAGAACAGAUGCAACAGAAUCAUCAUCAGCAUAACAUGAACUCUCUCUACAACAGCAACAACAACGAGCAAGCAGUUGAUCAAGUCACGGACUGGCGGGUUCUUGACAAGUUUGUUGCCUCUCAGCUCAGCCAUGAAGAUGCUUCCAAGGAAACCAACUAUUCCAAUGCAGCCGCUGUUUUUCACGUAUCUGACCAUAUGAACAUUCUUGUCAGACAACCCAACAAGCAAGAACUGGUGCCGGAAUAUGCCUCCACGUCCACCUCCAGUUGCCAAAUUGAUCUGUGGAAGUGAUAUAUAUAUAUAUAUAUAUAUAUCUACUACAGAUAUUCAACCUAUAUACUAAUCAUAGGAAGUAAAACUUAAAACAAAUGGACAAAAUCAUGAUUCACAUUCCUGUACAUAAUAAAACUAAAAUUAUAAAACCCUAGUUGUCGGAUUUCUGCCUACUCUUUGUAAUAUUGAUAAAGACCAGCACCCGACUGUGAUAGGACAGAAACUCCUACUCUUAAUAAGGUAAUGUAGUUAUUAGAUGGAAUGUGCGGCCGAGUAUGCUGUGUCUGACUCGGUAAGUGUUGAAUGCAUUUUGGUUUCUUGUAGCACUGCCUGCAUGUAAUGGGCUUUAUUACAUAGUCCAUGACCCAACAGCCAUGUCAGCUGUUAUGGAAUCGACUUGAGUUCGAUUCAUAUAUGUCUUUGUAUGCUUUAUCUGAAAUUAGAAUGCUAUUAUUGUUUUUCUUUCUCUUAAUUUUGUAAGUUAUGUAUUCUGUGUUUGUUCUGCUCUUUUUUCCCAUUGAUAAUAUCUGGAACUGAGAGUUUAUUCCAUAAUAAUUAAGGUCAUUAACCUGCAGACGUUCAAUGGUUUAUAUUUUAAAUACUAAACAGUUUUAAGAAGAUAUUCAGUCAAUAUGAUCAAUAAAUUACAAAUUCCAGCUGCUUUCAUGUCAUGAGAUUCUUGUUCUCCAAUCAAAAAGCUAAAUGGAGGGAAAAAAAUGCAGUUCGGCUAGCUAGAUGAUAGCCAUGUAUUACCAAAUAAAAGGAUGAUGUGAAUGGUGAUCAAUGUGGCAUUCAGCAAGUGAGGAUUAAGGUCUACAAUAUCGUUAAGCUAUUAACAGCUUAAAAUAGCCACGAAAUACACCGUCAGAAGAAAAAGGUUAGGUAUUCGGUAUUCCAUUCUGCUGCCUUGCAAUAUGAUUACCUUACAGCAAGUAUGAACCUAACUAGUAGAGAAGACCGAGUAACCUUUAAUUUACCAAAAAUAAAAAAUAAAAAAAAAGAAAGUUAGAAUAACCUCCAUUUUUUUUUUAAAUACAGGCUUGUGCUUAAGCAAAUAUUAACAAUUUCACGGCCAAUUACUCUACCGGAUACCUAGUAAAAUUUAGUCUUGAUAAUUAGUGAAGAGGAAGAAAA